AUGGACCGACCUCAUUCUUCUCAUAUAUGCACAGCCCCCGUACGCUUCCGCAUUCGUGCUGACCAAGCGUAUCACCACGCACGCGCGACACUCCCGGUCACCGCUAACGAGUCCAGCCCUGCCCUUCUCCUGCUGCAUCACGCGCGCUUACCUAACAGACUCCCCCCACCAGCGCCCAGGCCCUUUUUCUCCUCUUUCUUUUUCUUCGACUACUAUUAUUAUGCAUACUUCUCGACCCAUUUCUCGCCUCGUAUCUCGCCUCGUGCCUCGACCCACACCUCGACCCAUUUUUCGACCUGUCGUCGCUCGUGGCUACCGUCUUCGGGUAACCCGGCCUCAGAGUCUAGGCGUCACAAAAACGUCACCCCUUGUUACCCGUCCUCAGCCCGUACUCUUCGCUUUUUUUUUCUUCGUCUCCCUCCCUUCCUCUUCUUCUGUUUUUCCUUUCUGUGCAUGAACAACGCAGUAACUACGAGCUGA